GCCCCGGCGCGGCCCCGGCGGCGGGUGCCUGGAUGUGGAGUUUGUCAUGAGUCCGGCCGGCUGCUCGCAUGUGAACAGCUUUAAGGUGGAGAACUGGCGGCAGAACCUGCGGGUCAUCUACCAGUGCUUCGUGUGGAGCGGGACCCCCGAGACCAGAAAGCGCAAGGCAAAGUCGUGCAUCUGUCAUAUGUGUGGCGCCCACUUAAAUAGACUCCACUCUUGCCUCUACUGUGUCUUCUUUGGCUGUUUUACAAAGAAACAUAUUCAUGAGCACGCAAAGACAAAGCGACAUAACUUGGCCAUAGACCUUUUGUAUGGGGGUAUAUACUGCUUUAUGUGUCAGGAUUACAUAUACGACAAAGACAUGGAACAAAUUGCCAAAGAAGAACAACGGAAGGCUUGGAAAUUACAAGCCUUCACCCCAACAGUGGUUUCUCACUACCAGUGUACAAUGACAGGCAUUGGAGAGAAGUAUUCAACUUGGGAGCCAACCAAACGGGAGCUAGAAUUGCUUCGACAUAAUCCGAAGCGGAGAAAAAUAACCACAAAUUGUACCAUAGGUCUGCGAGGGCUAAUCAAUCUUGGGAACACGUGUUUUAUGAACUGUAUCGUCCAAGCACUUACCCACACUCCACUACUGCGAGAUUUCUUCCUUUCUGACAGGCACAAAUGUGAAAUGCAAAGUCCCAGCUCGUGUCUGGUUUGUGAAAUGUCUACGCUUUUUCAGGAGUUUUACUCUGGGCACCGAUCUCCUCACAUUCCAUAUAGGUUAUUGCACCUGGUAUGGACGCAUGCACGACAUUUAGCAGGGUACGAGCAACAGGAUGCACACGAGUUCCUCAUUGCUGCAUUAGAUGUGCUGCACAGACACUGCAAAGGUGACGAUAAUGGGAAGAAGGCCAACAAUCCCAACCACUGUAACUGCAUCAUCGACCAAAUCUUUACAGGCGGACUGCAGUCAGACGUCACCUGUCAAGUCUGCCAUGGCGUUUCUACAACGAUAGACCCAUUCUGGGACAUCAGUUUAGACCUGCCUGGUUCUUCAACUCCAUUCUGGCCACUUAGUCCAGGGAGUGAUGGCAGCGUGGUAAAUGGGGAAAGUCAUGUAUCCGGAACCACCACACUCACAGACUGCUUGCGAAGGUUUACACGGCCAGAGCACUUAGGAAGCAGUGCCAAAAUCAAAUGUAGUGGUUGCCAUAGCUACCAGGAAUCCACCAAACAACUCACUAUGAAGAAAUUACCCAUCGUGGCCUGUUUUCAUCUCAAACGGUUUGAACACUCAGCCAAACUGAGGCGAAAGAUCACUACGUAUGUCUCCUUCCCUUUGGAGCUGGACAUGACACCGUUUAUGGCCUCCAGUAAAGAGAGCAGAAUGAACGGACAGUACCAGCAGCCAACGGAUAGUCUAAACAAUGAUAAUAAGUAUUCCUUGUUUGCAGUAGUUAAUCACCAAGGAACCUUGGAGAGCGGGCACUAUACCAGCUUUAUUCGGCAACACAAGGACCAGUGGUUCAAAUGUGAUGAUGCCAUCAUCACUAAGGCUAGCAUUAAGGAUGUUCUAGACAGUGAAGGGUACUUACUGUUCUAUCACAAACAAUUCCUGGAGUAUGAGUAGCCUUACCCAACAGCUCUCCAGAAAAGUGAAAGGAAUUAAGCCUUCUGAAAUGACACGAAGACCUACCUGAAAUGAAAAAAAUAAGCCCAUACAACAACAAGCAACCGCACGCACUGAGCUGUGUACUAGGACCUACUUGAUUACUGAACAUGGGCCUGUCGGAGGAAGAAAUGAACAAUGUCCGACAUCCACAUGGUCUUGAAUGGACAGAAAGGGGGGGAGGGGGAAGAGGCUAAAGUCAGUCUCAUAAAACAGGAAAACAAAAUAAAAGGAAUGUUCUGGGUGGGGAAAAUGGGAGCAGAGGAGUCCUGACACUGGUACAUCUCCAAUGUUCCUUCAAUAAAAAAAAAAAGGUGGGAAGGUGGGAUAUACCCUUAUCUCCAUAAAGCAUCUUCUCCAUUGGUGCUUCAGCUCCAACUGACCAAUCAUAUAACAGUUAUAAGUUUAAAAAAAAGGUUUUAAAAAAAUCCAAGCCCAUUUUUUUUUUUUUUUUGUUAGUGCAUAUGGGUCUGAAAGCAGUAAAGUGGAGGAGACAGGGAUGACACAACAGAAAAAGGACUUUACAAGUAUCUUUUUAUUUGUGAAUUUUAGUUAUUAAAUAAAUACAGUAUGAAACUA